AUGGCGAGGCGCCAGGGUAGAAGGGUGAUGCUAGAUGACAAACACUGGCAGUGGAGCCCACAAUUGGGUUCGCCAGAUAUUUGGUAUGGCCAGGCACAACCAGGCGAUCAUGCGAGCGACAGUGUUUGGGCUAGGGCACAAGUGGGUGAUGUUAGAUGUGGACCUGUUGACGUUGGGCGAGCUAGGCUUGGCGACAGUGGUUGGGCACGAAGCUAG